UUGUUAUCAACUUCUCAUAGAAAAUAAUGGCGUUCCACUUGCCAUUGAUAAUGCAAGCUAAGAAGCAUAUCCUCCGCCGCACACUUUCAAAAGGUAAAAAAGUGUUGUCAGGUGAUAGUAAUAUACCAAAAGGGUAUUUGGCAGUAUAUGUUGGAGAAGAGAAAAAGAAGAGAUUUGUGGUUCCAAUAUCAUAUUUGCAUCAACCUGCUUUUCAACAAUUUCUUUGUAAAGCUGAAGAGGAAUUUGGAUUUGAUCAUCCAAUGGGUGGUCUCACCAUUCUUUGCAAAGAAGAGAUCUUUGUUAAUGCAACUUCUCAAUUGGAAAGUUAAUCACAACAGUAAACUCAAAUUCUUUUCUCCAUUGAUUUUCUAGAUACAUGCAAAUGAAAAU